AUGCGUCAGCUGAAGGCUGCUCAUGUAGCUUUCAGCCUUUUCUUCUUAACGAGUAACAUAUGCUCCUCAGGAAACAACCCCUGCCGGUGCGGCGAGUCCCAGUUUGGAAGUCGAAAUGUCGAUGCCAACGCCACUGACGCGCGUAAACGUAUUACAACCGCACCUGAUCCGAACACCUCUGUCCAACCACUUUCUCAGGAAAUACCAACUUCGCCCGUUGAUGAGCUACCUGCCGGUGGGGUUUCCUCAGGGGGACUGCUGCCUUCUUCGCGCGGAUCAUCAACCCGCAAAAAUACAGGGCCUGCCUAUGGGCUUCCUGCGGGGGCGAAUAUCUCUGAAAGCAAUAUCCUUCCUCUCCCUACAUCCAAGCAAUCUGGCGGAGCUCCUUUGAUUCAGGCUGGAUCGUCUGACUCUCCAGCACAGCCCACUCCCGCCGUGAGGGGCUCUGCAAGUGGCGUACCAGAUGCUAAUCUUUCCACAAAUUUGCCGCCGAAAAAAAACGGAACCGCUUCGCAAGCUCCAGGAGACUUGACUCCAGCACGCCCAUCUGGCACUGAUCAGGCUCGCAUCAACGGUUCAGUAACUCCUACUGGUUCAUCGUCAAACCUGACCUCCAACAUCCUUCCCUCAAACUCGUCAUCUUUACCCCCAAAAAAGACACCGACUUCUCCAACUUCAGCUGAGCAUUCCCAAGGAAAGACCGGCAAACCCACCGAGGACCAAAAAACAGCCAUUGUUGUGAGCUCUGUCUUGCUCGGGGCGUUAUUAAUUCUUGGCGUCGCACUGGCUAUUACGAGACGGAAGCUUAAUAAAAGGGAGGAACUUAAACGACAAGAGGAAGGUACUCUGCAAGCAACGCCUGGCGAGCUUGGAAAACGCGGGACGGUCAUGGUCGGUCGGGGCUUGGAGUCGUCUCAUGGGCUUACCAGCUCGGGAGGAUGGCUUGACAGUCGGUCGAGCGAGUUUGGAGCUACCAGGACGCUAUCCGUAUCGUCUUCUUCAACUAGCGCAGAUAGCAUUGAGGCUGAGUUGAACCCCGCUUGA